AUGGAGGUGGAGGAGGAGGAAAAACGCUCUCCACACAAUCGUGGGCAAGCGUGUGUCCCUGAGAGCUUCUUUGAUCGCGUAACGCAAGGGUUACGCAACGAUCUCGAACAUGAGCGGGACAGGCGUCUCCAAAUGGCGGACACUGUCUUGAAGCAUCGAGCUGAGUUUGCCUUUGCUCAGCUUGAGAACGAGAGAUCUCUGACAUCUCUUCGUGACGAGCUAAGGGUAGCUCGUGGGAUUGUUGAUCGGUCUCGGGAUGAGAUAACUGCUCUUCAGACCCUUGUUGAUAUCCACCAUCGGGAGCACAAGGCCCUCAGUGAGUUGCUUGGGCGCAAGGGCGUUCUUCAUCGGAAGAAGCAGCGUACUGAUGGUACGGCUUAA